UUUAUAAGAAUGUUUACUGGCUGUUUACUGAAGUCACGGAGGUUUUCUUUUUUUUUUUCUAGGGAUAUUUAAAGGACUGUUUGAGUAUUGAGUGACUAGUGUCAUAUACUAGAGCAGUUGGUCAGCAGAACCUGCAAGUUGAGUAACAAUUGACCAACACACACCAUCAAUAGAUCAAAGGUCACCAUCAGUUGACCAACACAGUCUAGUAGUGGAGCAUCAGUUGACCAACAUACAACAACAGUUGGUCAACAAACACCAUCAGCUGACCAACAGACACCAUCAGCUGGUCAACAGACACCAUCAGUUGACCAACACAGUCUAGUAGUGGAGCAUCAGUUGACCAACAUACAACAACAGUUGGUCAACAAACACCAUCAGCUAACCAACAGACACCAUCAAUUGGCCAAAGGACACCAUAAAUUGGCCAACAGACGCCAUCAGUUGACCAACAGACAUCAUCAGCUGACCAACAGACAGUUGACAAAAAGACACCAUCAUAUUGUCAACUCAUCCUAAUAGCCGAACGUCGUUUAGCACAGAGAAGAGAACACCCCCAUGUUUUUAUUCUGGUUCACUCUGUUAGCACCCACUUAUUUUUAAAAGACUUUCAUGACAGUCCGUGCUGUUUGGGAUGGAAGGACAAACAGUCAUCAAUGAACUUUUGCAUUCCGGACUUACACCUUCUGUAUAUAAAGGACAUUAUUGAUGAGGACGAAAGGAUGACGUCACGCGUCUGGUUCCCACCUCCAAGACCUCCCCUCCAGAACUGAUUUAAUCACCUGGUCAGAGAAGGAAGCGUUAACCAUGGAGGGAUGGGUGCUCCAACUUCUGCUGCUUGCUUUACUUAGCUGGAUCGUCACAGAAUCAAGUCUAUUUUUUGCAGAUAUUCUGGAGUGUGAUGGUACCAACAAAGGCUUCAAUUAUAAAGUAAAUACAGAAUCGACAGUUUGUUGCAUUCUAGAAAAAGAAGAGUGUAAAAGGACAACUGAGAAUGAUCAGCUUUACUUUGAAUUGAAGCCAGAAACAGAACAAGUUCCCGAACCAAGCUGGUACAACCUCUCACUUGGACCCUGUAAAACACAACUCACAGUAAACAGCACAGCUGCAAGCACUAUGGUCGUCAGUUGUUAUAAAAAUAAAUAUAAACUGGCUGGGGAAAAUAUGCAUUUUAUAGACAAACCAGCCAAGCCAGUUAUAUCAGACAUCAAAUAUUAUGAAAACAAAUCAGUUGAGAUCUAUUUUCAAGUGAACACGAGUACUCUUUUUGCUGAUGAGUUUCAUGUUUUUUUGGCUAGACAAGAAUACCAGAGAGAAAAGACCUACAAUGUUUGUUUAACCAAUUGUUCGGAAGCAUCAAGUGCUAACAACUUCACCUGCAAGUGUACAAUCAAAUUAAAAACAUUUCUCACUCAGGACAUCAGAAUUGUUAUCAAUGUUACUAGAGUGAUAGAGAGUAACAGUGUCAUAGAAUUUUACAAGCUAAGUAGACAAGUUGUCCCAGGUAAUGUUAGAGGGAUGAAGGUCAGUAACAAAACACAGACCAGCGCUGUUUUGAAGUUUGAACCCUCUCGUCCCCUGAUAGAACUGAUGGGAUAUAUGGAUCAGGCUGGAAAGCCGUUGAACUAUAGUGUAGUUCUUGUGAAAAAUAAUGGGACUAAUUAUAAGCUUACGUUUGUAAUUCAGGCAGGAAAACCUCCAGAUAACCUAGAUCAAGCUUCUGUUUAUGUUCAGUUCAAAAAUUUGGAACCAUUCACAAAUUACACCGUCACUGUUUCUGGUAUAGGUGGAGGAGGGGAGGGGAACAUCUCUUCCCAAAACUUUGCUACAAAGAUGUCAGUACCCCGCAGCCCAGCUAAGAUUGAAAAUUUCAACUUUUUUAGAUCAAACUACACAAUUUACUUUAUAUGGAAGCCUGUCUCAAAUGAGACUUUAGGAGGAAGACAGCUUUACUAUGACAUCACCAUUGACACAGGAAACUGGAAAAACACAACUAACACAUCAGAAAAUUUUAAACUGCUAGACUACCACAAUGACUCAGAAUCACUGGAUGUGAAAAUAUGGACUUUGAAUGAAAAAGGCAGAUCAGCAAACUAUUCACACAUUGUUAUACCUUCAUUGAAAGGAUUUGAAGCCCCCCUAACAGCUGUGGAGUUUUUAAAAGAUGGGUAUGCUAAUGUGUACUACCAAUGUCAAGAUCUCCAAAAUGUGGAGAAUAUUGCCAUUCAUGUUUGUGAGGCUGGGAAAAGUCAACAUUUGCCACAAGAAUACAUUUGUGUGAAUUAUCCUCUCACAAAAGUAAUAAACAUGAAGAAUAAAAGCUGUACUGCGAAUACACCAUUUACAGUUCCGUUAUUUCAAAAGUCAGAAAUAAAAGAAUAUAAAAACUCAACACAAAUAGAGUAUUAUUUCGAGGAAAAUAAUAAUUUACGAUUCAACACGACAGCCGAUGUAUUGACUAAUCAUCUUGUCGAAGAUAGUUUUAUUUUGAAAGAUACGGAGAAUACAAAAGUGUUUGUGUCCAGCAUGAUCAAUAAAGUGUGGAUGGGAAUGGCACCUGUAAACUGCUACUACAACUCAGAAAAAGGAGCAACAGAUGUGACAAUAAUACAACAGCCUGAUGGUUUAAAAAUAACGCAAGAAUGUCACAAAACACCAAACCAAGUACUGGCCAAAUAUUUUCAGGUCUAUUCCUCCCCUGACUCUGAAUGUAGCAAUCCUAAAAAGCUGAAAUAUAUUGGCAAAUUUAGCAGCGAUGUUUUCUCUGGAGCAGAGAUCCGAUUAGAGAGUGAUGUGAAGUUUGUAUGUGUAGAAGUGUACGCACAGACAAAGACAGUCACCAAACAAUUUGCUGUCACUCAACCUGUGCAAGUCAUGGAAGCUGAUAAAAACACCAUCAUCAUUGCUGCUAGCGUCUGUGCCACCGUCCUGGUAUCAAUAAUUCUAUUCAUCAUCUGCUGUUGUAUGUGUAGGCGCUGUAGGAAAAGAAAAGGUCAUUUUGCAAAACUUAGUGGCUCAGCAAGCCCAGAAGAUCCAAAGCCCACCACAAAUGAAACACAACUUGUAUCCCCGGAUGCCAAAAGUGAGACUUACAACGACAGCGGCCAUGGUACCUCCUGCACAAUAUCCUCUGAUUUUUCCAGUGGCACCGUGCCAAAAAACCCCAGCAAUCGUGACGACAUAAGACCCACUAGUCAGAUACGUCGAGGUCAAGAAUCAAACUACGACGCUGAGACUAACCCGCUGCUUAAGGAUGGGAAAGACGUGCAGGAAUAUCUGCAAAUGCAUCGCACAAGUGACGGAAGCGAGUGUGGUGACCUCAGCAAUGAUGAUCGGGAAAAGUCGCAGAAUUCUACGAACUUCAACUGUUACAGCUCUAAUAGAGCAGUCCCUCGUUUUACUUUCGUCCCAUCUGAAGGGAAUUCAUCCAACGAUACCACUGAUGAUAAUAUCAGUAAUGAACAUGGGAACUCCAACUCUGCAACAAGCCGUGAAUGUAGCCCAGCUGUCUCUGUAGUCAAUGUUGACCCUGACGGUUCAUCUGUCAGUGACAAUGUCAACAAUUAUGUUCAUGGCCCUGUGGGCGAUGACCUUGUAUGUGAUGACCUUGUGGGCGAUGACCUUGUAUGUGAUGACCUUGUGGGUGAUGACCUUGACCUAGACAGUUCAUCCGUCCAUGACACUGUCAACGACGGUGUUGAGGACCUAGUUAGUGAACCUGGUCAAGAGAGUUCAUGCACCACGGACACUGGUCAAACUGACAUUGAUGGAAGUGGAAGUUCCGACGAUUCAUCUGUCCUUCUAAACAACUAUGAAUGUAAUAAAGGUGCCAUUACAUUAUCCUUUCACCCCAGUGAAAGCUGUUCGUGUAAUGAGGACACUGAUGAUAAUUACAACGAUGAAAGUGAAGACUGAAUGACUAGUAUUUUGUGUAAUGGACUUUGUGUACAUAAUGAAAUUUUAUUGACUUGUCAAUCUUGCCAGCAUAGCCCGUCCAACAUCAAACAAAAUCUAUCGGAAAUUUAUCAAAAUCUAUCCAACAUUCAACAAAAUCUAUCGGAAAUUUAUCAAAAUAUAUCCAACAUUCAACAAAAUCUAUCGGAAAUUUAUCAAAAUCUAUCCAACAUUCAACAAAAUCUACCCCCCAUCCAAUUGAACUCAUCUAACAACAAGCACAUCCCACGCAACAGCCUACAAAACCCCUCCAAUUAAUGCCCGCUGUAAAUCUUAUGCCCCCUGUAAAUGUUCAUGACCCAUGUACAUCGUGAUACCCGCUGUAAAUGUUCAUGGCCCCUGUAAAUUUUCAUGCCCCCUGUACAUCGUGAUGCCCUAUGUAAUCUUCACUCUACGAACAUAAAACAAGCCAUCGCAGUUUCACUCCUACUCCUAGUGUAAAUAUCUGUUUCAAGAUAGUAAGCACAUGUAAAUAUGACAUUGAGUAAAGUUGUUUAAUUUUGGCGAGCAAACUGAAAAUUGAUCUGGCUGCUUUGAAGGCUGAUGUUGAUUCAUGAGCUGAGCCAGGCUAGAAUGGAGAUGGUACAACACGGUUAAAAGUCUGCCAUGAUGUGUCGUUUGUUUUAUUUUAUUUGGUAAACAUUUUGAUCUCAAUAAUUUUUUAUAAGCUUUAUAUAUGGUUCACAAUGUCUGAUGUUUUUUGUGGAUUGUGGCAAAGCAUGUAACUUAAUUUUAACCCACUUCUCAUGCACCGAUUUUGUUUAAACAAGACAUUAGACUAGUCAUUAAAUUAUGAUUGAAAGAUCACAAACUUCAAUAAUGAAAGGGGAGACAACAAGAUUAAAUACUAGCAAUCGCUCUAACUGGUGGUCGUGGAUUGUGACUUUUGUUUUCAAUGCUAGAUGAUUUGUGCCUAAACGUCAACCAUACACUUAGAAGGGGCAGAGAACUAUCUUUUAGAGAUAGGGCUUUAAAGCAAAUAUUUUUAUUCGUAGUCUAUGUAGUGUCAACACCAUUUGAACUCAUGACUACAACUGAAAAUAAGACAAAUAUAAAUAACCUUUAUAAUUGUAAGCUUUUUAGUGCACUGAAACUAAGAAUAUAAAACUAAUUUGCUUUUUACUUUAAUUAAAAGCUUUGAUCACUAAAAUAUGUACGAAAUCUCAUGCUAACAUUGUUUAUUUUUAAUGGCUUUUGUCUUUGAAUGCGUGUAGUUUAAUAAAACUUGAUCUUAUUGAGAACUUCAGAAAGAAAAUAAGCAGAAUGAGAGGCAUGAUAACAGCAUAUUUGGUAGUUCAAAAAGUGUUUGCAGUUUGUUAGACUGAAAACUUCCUCUCUUUUUU